UGGAGAGAGAGAGCGCGAGACGGACAGAGAGAGCACCAUUAAAAGCAGACAGCUUUAAGAUGACCUGGGGAAUUGCAGUAUUUUACUCAUUCUCUUCAGUUGACUGCGGCAGUCUUAAAACAUUUACAAAGCAUCAAAACUAGUCUUCUUUGCAACUUCGACACUCCAGGUUUCCUUUUAAAGUACAGGAUCACCUGUAAGAAUAGACAUGAGGGUGCAAACUUUCCCGAGAGCGCAGAUUUUGCAGGAGUUUGAUUUGCGAUGCCAGGCACUGGCUGCUAACAACAAAAGAGGCUUUAAACAGGAGUUUGAGGAGCUCAACAAAGUCGGCAAAGAUCUCCCCACCAGAGUCGGAAACUCUGAGGUCAACAGACAAAAGAACAGAUACCCCUACAUUUUACCAUAUGAUCACUGUCGCGUCAGGCUCUCCAUUCAAAACUCCUAUGCACACACCGACUACAUCAAUGCAAAUUUUGUGCCUGGGGGAGAAUCAGAGAGAGACUUCAUUUGCACCCAGGGUCCUUUGCCCAACACCAUAGCUGACUUCUGGAGGAUGGUGUGGGAGCAAAACGUCAGAAUAAUAGUCAUGGUGACAGCUCUGAAACAUAAGGACAUCGUUUUAUGUGACAGUUAUUGGCCACUGGAUCCAGGGAUAGUUUAUCACGGACUGAUCAAAGUCACAACAGUGACUCGCAAACAGGGACCAGAUUAUUUUGUCACAACCAUUAACCUCCAACAUAGAGACUGUGCAACAGACAGGAUAAUCACACACUAUUACUACCCCUCCUGGCCGGACAGGGGAGUCCCUAAGAGCUCACCCUCUCUCUGUGCCUUCACAGAGCAUGUGCGGCAGCAUUUGGAAGCCAUUCCUCGUCUGGGGCCGGCUGUGGUGCAUUGCAGUGCAGGUAUUGGCCGGACAGGAACAUUUGUAACACUGCUCUGGCUGAUGCAACUGUGUGCCAGGGGCAUCCGGCCUAAUAUCAGGGCUGCUGUGCAGGACCUUCGUCUGCAUCGAAUGUGGAUGGUCCAGAAUCUGGAGCAGUACGUGUGCGCUCAUGAGUGUCUGUUACACUGGCUCAGUGUGGGAACCUCAGCAUGGAGCUCACAGAUCCAGAGAGUUAGUUUUAAUACCAACUGCUACAUUCAGGAUCGGCCUCGCAGCUCCUCAGGACAGAGAAGCCGAUCACGCAGGAGGAGCCGUCACCCCCAAGGACAGACACCUCUAGCAGACCCACCGCAGAACACAAUACAGCAGAUUUUAAACCCUGGGAAACUCCUGAGGAGGUUACUCCCCUCCUCUUCACUGCUGAAUCCAGCCACACACCCCUCCUAAGUCAGCAUGCUGGAAGAUGCAUAUAUGCAAACAAGAAAAACUGUGUAAAAAUAAUAAUGAUGCCCUCAUACAGUGUAUACUGUUUGUGGUCAGGAACUGCAGGCAGAAAACUGGCCUGACAACAUGCACGUAAAUGCUAGUCAAGAGAACAGUGGCUUAUAUUGUCACUACAAAAAAAUGAUUUCGAGGUAAAGCAGAUGCGGCCAAACCUGUUAUUCUAGUUACGUGGAACUGAUGACAAAAACCUUCAGGCUUGUACUUUAUAUAUGCUGGCACAUCAUGUUGCUAACAAAAUAUUUAAUCUUAACAGAGUAUGACAGUAUGUA